UGUUUGUUGCUGAGACAUGAAUGAAGGAAAAAUACGAAAACGAAAGUAAAGGAGCCCUCUUCUCCUCCUCCUUCAUCUUCAUCUACUGAACUUGGAACUGUGUGUGUGUGUUUUUUUUUUUUGCGUGCGUGCAUCAUCCUCACCGUCGUCACCAUGUUAUCCAACUCUCGAUGAACGCUAUUCCGACUCUUCAAUUUCUCAGCUACCAAAUUCAAUCAAUCGCUCAACUCAAACCUAAGGGGCAACUAUUCGGAAAUGGCGGUUUCCGAAGAGGAAUGCUCUUCGGCAAAGUCUGGUCCCUCUUCUUCUUCCUCCGCCUCGCGCUACUACCUCUCCAAAUGCGUCCUCAGAGGAAGCGUCGUUCUUCAGGUUCUCUACGCUCACAUUCGUUCUCCCUCCUCAAAUGAUAUCGUUUUCGGCAAGGAGACGUCUAUUGAAUUGGUGGUUAUUGAGGAUGAUGGGAAUGUGCAAUCUGUGUGUGAUCAGCCCGUCUUUGGCACCAUCAAAGAUCUUGCCAUAUUGCCUUGGAACGAGAAGUUUCGUGCACGUGAUCCUCAGCUGUGGGGUAAAGACCUUUUGGUUGCUACAUCCGAUUCUGGGAAGCUGUCGUUGCUCACGUUUUGCAAUGAAAUGCACAGGUUUGUUUCUGUAACACAUAUACAGAUGUCUAUUCCUGGAAACCCAAUGGAUCUUCCUGGAAGAAGGUUAGCCGUUGAUUCCAGUGGUUGUUUUGUUGCUUCUAGUGCAUAUGAAGAUCGGCUGGCUUUGUUUUCUAUGUCAAUGUCCAGUGGUGAUAUCAUUGAUGAGAGAAUUGUAUAUCCUUCGGAAAGUGAAGGAACUGCAAGUUCUUCCAGAAGCAUCCAAAGAACCAGUAUCUGUGGUACCAUUUGGAGCAUCUGCUUCAUUUCACAAGAUUCCAGACAACCAAGCAAGGAGCAGAAUCCUGUACUUGCUGUUAUUAUAAAUAGGAGGGGAGCCCUUCAAAAUGAAUUGCUAUUAUUGGAAUGGAAUGUUAAAGCACACAAAGUACUUUGUAUUUCUCAGUAUGCUGAAGCUGGUCCUCUGGCAUAUGACAUUGCUGAAGUUCCUAACUCCGGGGGACUUGCAUUCCUGUUCAGGACUGGUGAUGUUCUCUUGAUGGAUCUUAGAGAUCCCCGCAACCCAUCCUGUAUUUAUAAGACUAACUUGAACAUUUUGCCUAAUGCCAUGGAAGAGCAGACUUAUGUGGAUGACUCUUGUAAAUUACAUGAUGUUGACGAUGAACGCUUUAAUGUUGCUGCCUGUGCUUUGUUGGAACUGAGCGAUUAUGAUCCUAUGUGCAUAGACAGUGACAAUGGUGGUGCUAAUUCAAGCUACAAGUACAUAUGCUCAUGGAGUUGGGGACCUGAAAAUAAUAGAGAUCCUAGGAUGAUCUUCUGUGUAGAUACUGGGGAGUUUUUUAUGAUGGAAGUUCUUUUUGAUUCUGAAGGCCCUAAAGUUAAUCUGUCUGAGUGUCUCUAUAAAGGUUUGCCGUGUAAAGCACUUUUGUGGGUUGAAGGUGGAUAUGUAGCUGCCCUUGUGGAAAUGGGGGAUGGUGUGGUCCUUAAAUUGGAAGAUGGAAGGCUAUGCUAUACAAACCCUAUUCAAAACAUUGCACCAAUCUUGGAUAUGGCAGUUGUAGAUUAUCGUGAUGAGAAGCAUGAUCAAAUGUUUGCUUGCUGUGGUGUGGCUCCAGAGGGGUCAUUACGGAUAAUUCGAAAUGGUAUUAAUGUGGAAAAUCUACACAGGACUGCUUCUAUAUACCAAGGGGUAACUGGUACUUGGACUGUCAGAAUGAAAAUUACUGAUUCACAUCAUUCUUUUCUAGUUCUAUCUUUUGUUGAGGAAACCAGAAUAUUGUCAGUUGGCUUAAGUUUUACUGAUGUGACUGAUUCAGUUGGUUUCGAACCUAAUGUCUGUACUCUGGCAUGUGGCCUUGUGACUGAUGGUGUACUUGUUCAGAUCCACCGAUAUACUGUUAAGCUUUGUUUGCCCACUAAAGCUGCUCAUUCUGAAGGUAUCCCUUUGCCCUCUCCUAUUUCCACAUCUUGGUCUCCAGACAAUGUGAGUAUCAGUCUGGGGGCAGUUGGGCAUAAUUUCAUAGUUGUGUCAACCUCUAACCCAUGCUUUUUGUUUAUCCUUGGGGUUAGAUUGCUAUCAGCUUAUCAAUAUGAAAUUUAUGAAAUGCAACAUUUGGUACUGCAGAAUGAAUUAUCAUGCAUUUCCAUCCCUGGACAAGAAAUUGAGCAAAAACCAUCAAAUUCAUCCAUUUCAGCAAAUAAUAGUACCAUCUCUUCUUUCCAAAGUGGAGUGGACAUCAGUAAAACCUUUGUUAUCGGUACACACAGGCCCUCUGUGGAAAUUUGGUUUUAUGCACCAGGUGGAGGAAUUACAGUAGUUGCUUGUGGGACAAUUUCAUUGACAAAUACAAUAGGGACUGCCAUCAGUGGUUGUGUACCUCAAGAUGUACGACUUGUAUUUGUUGAUAAGUAUUAUGUUCUUGUUGGAUUGAGGAAUGGAAUGCUCCUCCGCUUUGAGUGGCCGGUGGAACCAUGUCCAUCAUCACCAAUAAAUAUGGUGGAUACUGCUUUAUCUUCUAUAAAUUUGGUAAAUUCUGCAAGUAAUGCUUUAGGCAAGAGAAACGACCUUCCUUCAACACUUCAAUUGAUUGCCAUUCGACGCAUUGGCAUUACUCCAGUUUUCUUGGUGCCACUAGGUGACACACUGGAUGCUGAUAUAAUUGCUCUUAGUGAUAGGCCUUGGUUAUUGCAUAGUGCAAGACAUAGCCUUUCGUAUACUUCUAUCUCAUUUCAACCUUCCACACAUGUGACUCCUGUUUGCUCUGUUGAUUGUCCAAAAGGAAUAUUGUUUGUUGCAGAAAACUGUUUACAUCUGGUGGAGAUGGUUCACAGCAAGAGACUUAAUAUGCAGAAGUUUCAUUUAGAGGGCACUCCUAGGAAGGUCCUGUAUCACGAUGAAAGCAAAAUGUUGCUAGUGAUGAGGACUGAACUGAAUUGUGGUACAUGUUUGUCUGACAUAUGUUGUGUGGAUCCCCUAAGUGGAUCAGUAGUGUCGUCUUUUAGACUUGAACUUGGAGAAACAGGAAAAUCCAUGGAAUUAAUAAGAGUUGGAAGUGAGCAAGUGCUUGUUGUUGGAACUAGUCUGUCUUCUGGUCCAGCAAUAAUGCCCAGUGGUGAAGCUGAAAGUUGCAAGGGUCGUCUUCUUGUUCUUUGUCUUGUUCAUGUGCAAAAUUCUGAUAGUGGUUCGAUGACGUUCUGUUCAAAGGGAGGGUCAUCAUCUCAAAAAACUUCACCAUUCCAUGAAAUUGUUUCAUAUGCUCCUGAACAGUUGUCGAGCAGCAGCCUUGGCAGCAGUCCCGAUGAUAAUAGUUCUGAUGGCAUCAAACUUGAUGAAAAUGAAGUAUGGCAGUUCCGAUUGGCUUAUGCAACGAAAUGGCAGGGGGUGGUUUUUAAAAUCUGUCCUUAUCUUGAUCGUUACUUCUUGGCAUCUGCUGGCAAUGCUUUCUAUGUUUGUGGUUUCCCUAAUGACAAUCCUCAAAGAGUGAGAAGGUAUGCUAUGGGAAGGACGCACCACAUGAUAACAUCUUUGAGUGCACAUUUUACAAGAAUUGCAGUUGGUGAUUGUCGUGAUGGAAUCAUUUUAUUUUCUUAUCAUGAGGAAGCUAGAAAAUUGGAGCAACUUUGCUGUGAUCCAUCACGAAGGUUAGUUGCUGAUUGCAUUUUGAUGGAUGCUGAUACAGCUGUUGUUUCGGAUCGGAAAGGAGGCAUUGCUAUUUUAUGUUCAAAUCAUUUGGAAGACAAUGCAAGUACUGAAUGCAACAUGACACUAAGCUGUGCUUAUUUCAUGGCUGAGAUUGCCUUGAGCGUCCAGAAGGGCUCAUAUUCAUACAGACUUCCAGCUGAUGAUGUUUUGCAAGGCGGCAAUGGCCCCAAGACAAAUGUUGAUUCACUACAAAAUACUAUUAUUGCCAGUACCUUGUUAGGAAGCAUAAUGAUCUUCAUCCCUUUAUCAAGGGAAGAAUAUGAGUUAUUAGAAGCUGUCCAAGAAAGACUUGUUGUCCAUCAGUUGACCGCACCUGUUCUAGGAAAUGAUCAUAAUGAGUUUCGCAGUCGCGAAAUUCGGGGUGGAGUGCCCAAGAUACUUGAUGGUGACGUGUUAACCCAGUUUCUGGAGCUGACAAGUAUGCAGCAAAAGAUGAUUUUGUCUUCCGAGCCACCUGAUAGCAAAACCAAGUUUGAAGCCACUCCUACCCCCCAUGUUUCUGUAAAUCAGGUGGUUCAACUUCUUGAACGAGUCCAUUAUGCUCUGAACUAAUUCACCUUUCUUCCACUUUCCAACUGUUUUUUCACAACGGCAGCAGAAACCGGAACAUGCAUAUGCAGUUCUAAACAAUACUUUUCGUCAACAGUUACUUGCCUGCCUCAAAGUGUUGUCUGAUAUAGAGCACGUUAUCCCCCUCAAGUCUGAAACCAAAAAUCAGGUGGUAACAUUCCUUGUCCUCAACCACAGGUGCACACUCAGCAUCUGCAUCAGCAUCACUUAGUCUCUGUAUCUGUAUCUGUUGUACUUUUCGUAAACUAUACUGUAGGAAAAUAUCUUUGGCACGGUAAAUUGUAUAUUAGUUAGUGAGGGGAGCUUUUUUUUUUUUUUUCUUAGUUCUUAUGUUCAAAUUUUAGAAUGAUUGUAUAUUAAAUAAAAUCAUUUUUGUGUGAGCUUUUUCUUAGACCUUGUUCUUGUGUAGUUAUUCAUUAUUCCCACUUGAGAUUUCUCUUUA